AUGGCACCUAGCGUAAUUGUCGUCGGUGGCGGAUUGUCCGGCUUGAGUGCCGCGCACACAAUCUACCUCGCUGGUGGUAAUGUCGUUGUCCUCGACAAGCAAGGCUUCUUUGGUGGAAACUCCACCAAGGCCACUUCCGGCAUCAACGGUGCCUUGACCCGCACACAGGUCGACCACAAGAUCCAAGACAGUGUAAAACAGUUCUACGAUGACACAUUGAAGUCUGCCCGUGACAAGGCCAGGCCCGAUCUCAUCAAAGUUCUCACAUACAAGUCUGCCGCCGCAGUUGAGUGGCUGCAAGAUGUCUUCAACCUAGAUUUGACCCUGGUUUCCCGCCUUGGUGGUCACUCCCAGCCGAGAACACACAGAGGUCACGAUGCAAAGUUCCCCGGUAUGGCCAUCACAUAUGCUCUCAUGCAAAGGCUAGAGGACCUCGCCGAGACCGAGCCGGAGCGAGUUCAGAUCAUCAAGAAGGCCCGCGUCACUGGCCUGAACAAGGAGGGUAACAAGGUCACUGGUGUCACAUAUGAGUACAAUGGCGAGAGCCAGACCGUCGAGGGCCCCGUCGUGCUGGCCACUGGUGGCUAUGCCGCUGACUUUGGCGAUGGCUCCCUGCUGAAGGAGCACAGACCCGACACUUUUGGUCUUGCUACCACCAACGGCUCGCACGCCACUGGUGAUGGUCAGAAGAUGGUUAUGGCCAUUGGCGGCAAUGGCAUUGACAUGGACAAGGUUCAGGUUCACCCUACCGGUCUUGUCGACCCCAAGGAUCCCGGCUCCAAGUGGAAGUUCUUGGCUGCCGAGGCUCUCCGUGGUGAGGGUGGUCUUCUUCUCAACGCUGACGGUGACCGAUUCUGCGACGAGCUCGGCCACAGAGAUUACGUCUCUGGCAUGAUGUGGAAGGAGAAGGACAAGGGCAAGUUCCCCAUUCGUCUCAUCCUCAACUCCAAGGCAUCCAACACUUUGGACUUCCACACUCGCCACUACUCUGGCCGUGGUCUCAUGAAGAAGAUGACUGGCCAGGAGCUCGCCAAGGAGAUUGGCUGCAAGCCCGAGCACCUCCAGAAGACUUUCCAGACCUACAAUGCCAUUGCCGAUGGCAAGCAGAAGGACCCAUGGGGCAAGAAGUUCUUCCACAACUUGCCCGUUGACAUUAACGAUGACUUCCACGUCGCCGUGAUGGAGCCCGUCCUCCACUUUACCAUGGGUGGUAUUGAGAUCAACGACAAGGCUCAAGUUCUCAACAAGGAGCAGAAGCCAUUUGAGGGUCUGUUUGCCUGCGGUGAGCUGGCUGGUGGUGUCCACGGUGCCAACCGUCUCGGUGGCUCGUCGCUGCUGGGCUGCGUUGUCUAUGGUCGUGUGGCUGGUGACACGGCAAGCAACUACCUGUUCCAGCAGGCCUUGUCGGGCUCUGUUGGCGGCGCUGCUGCUCGUCUGGGCCAGAUCUCACUCCACAUUGACCCUUCGCAGCCAGGCAAGGUUUCAGUUGAAUGGGGUGGUGCUGCAUCGGGUACCUCGGCGACCGUCGGCACAACCAGCGCCGCUGGCCCUACGCCCAAGGCUGAUGCUGGCAAGUCGUCUGCGAACGCCUCAAAGCCGCAGAGCCCCAAGAAGUUUGAAGUCCCCGAGAAGGAGUUCACCAUGGAGGAGGUCGCCAAGCACAACAAGAAAGAGGACUUAUGGGUUGUCGUCAAGGGUGUGGUCAUGGACCUGUCCAACUGGCUCGAGGAGCACCCUGGUGGUCCCCAGGCAAUCAUGAACUUCAUGGGUCGUGAUGCCACCGAGGAGUUUGAGAUGCUGCACGAUGACGAAGUCAUUCCCAAGUACGCCCCUCAACAGGUGAUAGGACGGGUGAAGGGCCAGGAGGUCACCCUGGAGAUCUAA